AUGGAACCUACUGAAGAAGGUCUUGUUGAAGUGGCAAAUGAAGAGGCUUGUGAAGUAGAACCUGAACAACUGGUAGUAGAAGCUCCAAUAAGUGAACUAGUAUUGGCUAAGUGCGGACGCGGUGGCCCGAGCUCAACCCUUGGCCGAGCGGAAGAGAGGAGGGCGGAGAGAAGUGAGAGAGCCGAGCGGGGGGUUCUGUUAAUGCCGGCGGGUGUGGGUGGUCGUAGCGCGGGGUACCGCGGGUUGCAGACAGUGCCGCCCGCAGUCUGCGGCUUCCGCAGGCUGCAGACUGCGUCGCCCACAGUCUGCAGCUCCCGCAGGCUGCGGGCGUCGCCGCCCACAGACUGCGGGUUCCGCAACCUGUGGACGGUGCCGCCCACAGCUGUGGGCACCCGCAAACCCCCCCAUACACUGUACCUGCGUGUCGCGCAGGUGUUGCAGGCACUGCCUGUACCUGCAGGUCCCGUCGCUGCCGCCGUACUCCCUCCCGUCGGCCGCUCCAAACGCCACGCCGUUGCCGCAGAUCGGCGAGACCGACGCAGCCGCAGACUGUCGAGCCCCGCCACUGCUGCUCUGUCUCCUCCGACGACCGCAGCUCCCUCCCACCGGCCGCAUUGGUUCCCGGCCCGCCGCGCCCAUCUACCUAGCACUGCCGCCGACCAGAAACCUCUGGCGACCGCUCAGACACCUCCGGCCGCCGACGGCACCAGUCAGCCACCGCCUCCGACGACCGUCCAGUCACCUCCAGCGACCGCCACGCAGACACCCAGUCAGCAGUCAGGACCCCACCACAUGGCUCUCAAAUAG